UUAAAAUAUAAAAUCAAAAUUACUAACUAAACACAUGAAUCCAGAUGUGCUAAGUUCUCACUACAAGCCAGAUAAUAUCUGACUGAAUAAAUCACAUGUGUAGUUUAGGUCUGUGUGUUCACUGUUAGACCACAGCAGCAGGUGACCGGGUGUCUCUGUAUAAUUUUUACAGUGUGAUUGUAUAGCCAAUCUUGCUGCUGUAGAAACUGAGCAGAUGGGUAGGCUAUACAUUUUCAAAUGCUCUUAUCUGAGCAAGUCUCAGUUCAGACACCGGGCUGGUUUAUUACUACACAAGCUCUCUCGCUCUCUGUAGUUCAUUAACGAGCAGUGGCUCCGAGAGCAGAAACAUCUCGCUUUGAUUGUCAACAUUUUUUACGUCGUGUAUUUUUCCAUUAGUUUUAUCUUUUCUCGUAGUCCACGGACUAGGUUUAUAGUCAACAAUAAACCUAACACAGAGUGGACUAAACUGGCAUUAGAUUGUAGAUUUUUUUUUUUUUUGCUUAUUAGACACUUCUACCUACGCUAUUAACCCUCAAAAUAUUUAUAUGUCUAGGCCGAUUUCCUACAAAUAUGACACCGUGCUAAAUUCUGUGAAGACAGUUUGGGGUCCAGCUAAUUUAGACUUUUUGUUUGUUUGUUUGUAUGUUUUUUAAGAGAGAAGCGGAUCAUUUCUUUUGAUUCAACGCAAUUGUCUUGUAACAGCUGGUAAUGAAUAAUGCGUUACUGGAUUUUUGUGUGUUUGUGGAGUCUAACGAGUGGACUGAACCAGUCUUGCCUAAACGGUGAGUACCUGAUGAACGUGGUGCUGCUGCAGGACGACGUGUCUCCCUGGAGUUUGAACUUCGUUCAGCCAGCGGUGAUGAAAGCGAUUAAAUUCGACGCGGAGAUCAACUACAGCAAUGAUGUGACUCACAACCUGAGUGCGACCUACAAUGGGUUUCAAACUGUUUAUUACCGACAUAAAGGCUGUAGCAGCAGCCCCUGUGGGGGAAUAGAGAUCCUAAAAGAUCUUGAUAAAUCAGGAAUGGUUGGCUGUGCUCUGCUGGGACCAUCCUGUACCUAUGCAACCUUCCAGCUGGUGGAUAUUGACGUUGGUCUAAAACUCAAUAUGCCCAUCAUCUCAGCGGGGAGUUUUGGCCUGUCUUGUGACUACAAGGCUAACCUGACACGCCUACUGCCUCCAGCUCGCAAGGUCUCCAACUUCUUUAUCAAAUUCUGGAACUUCUCUGACGAUAUUAAGCCUUUGUGGAGUAAGACAUACAUCUACAAAAAAAACAAUAACACAGAGGAUUGCUUUUGGUACAUGAAUGCCCUAGAGGUUGACUCAGGCUCCUUUGCUUCCAGUGUUGAGAAAAGAGUGGUGCUCCGAAAAGAAGAAGAGUUCAGUGCUGCAUUAAAAAAUGAUAGAGAAAGUAACUGUAAGGAUAAAUUCCAUGUUUUCCUGCCUUCUUUUUUAAACGGGCAAAUGUUUGUCCAUCAUGAAACAGUGUUUGCUUUCCCCACAGUGUUUAUUUUAUGCGGAACUCCCGAUGAUAUCAUGCAAUUGAAGAAUGGCUCUCUGGAUGUCGAUACUCAUGUUACCUUUAUUCUCAUUGAUCUGUACAAUGACAAAUAUUACCAUGAGCCAUCCAAUGAUGCUAUGAAGAAUGUCUUGGUGCUGACAAUGCCCAAUACUCGGAAUUACACCAUAACCACCAACAACACGAUGAAUGAUUAUAUCGCCGCAUAUCAUGAUGCGGUACUGCUGUUCGGGCAGGUGAUGAGGCAAAUUUGGCGGAUUCCUGUCAUGGAUGUAAACAGUGUCAACAUUAACUAUUUCAGAAAUGUGUCAUUUAAAGGUAUUGCGGGAGAUUAUAUGUUAGACGAGCAUGGGGAUAGAGAUGUGGUGUUUUCAGUGAUUUACACCAACAUCAACAAUGAGUACAAAGUUUUGUAUGAGUUUGACACCAGUAAUAAUAAAACAGCACUGGUCGACGUCAAUCCUUCAUUCAUCUGGCCUCAACAGAAACUUCCUGGUGAUCAGCCUCUUGCUGAUAAUGCAGGUCUGCUGGUGCAGUAUGUCAAUGUCAUAUCACUGGGCUUCCUAGCGUUGGUAGUGAUAGCCACAGUUGCGUUUGUCUUUUACUGGCAGAACAGGUCAUACCGCCGUAAACAAAAGCGAUGGUCCCACAUCCCUGUAGAGCUCAUUACCCCUGUAGAGUCCAGUGAGAGAAAUAUGGUGUCUCUAAAGAUUGAUGAGGAUGCCUGGAAAGAUACGUGUCAGAAGAUUCGCCGGGCACGCUACGAUAAAAAGAUUGUAAUCCUUAAAGAGCUGAAGCACUCUGAUGGCUACUUCAGUGAAAGACAGAGAAUAGCACUUAAUGCACUAUUACAAAUAGAUUAUUACAACCUAAUAAAAUUCUAUGGUACAGUAAAGAUUGAUCAUGAGGUUCUUGGAGUGUUUGAGUACGGAGAGCGAGGAUCUCUGAGGUAUGUACUUAAUGAUAGGAUUUCAUACCCAGAGGAGACCUUCAUGGACUGGGAGUUCAAAAUUUCUGUCAUGUAUGACAUUGCAAAGGGCAUGUCCUAUCUUCACGCAAGCAACAUUGAAGUCCAUGGCCAUCUGAAGUCCACCAACUGUGUCACUGAUAAUCGUAUGGUAGUGAAAAUUACCGGCUUUGGUUUUAAUACUUUCAUCAGUCCAGACAGAGAUCUGUGGACUGCUCCAGAGCACUUAAGAAAAGAGGGCAUUUCUCAGAAGGGAGAUGUUUAUAGUUUUGCCAUAAUUGCACAGGAAAUCAUGCUGAGAAAAUGCACAUUCUACACCAAGGCCUGUUCUGAUAAAGCUGAAAAGUUGGACCAUGUGCAGUAUCCCCGAAUGCUGUGUUUUUUCAGGCCUGACCUAAACUUUGAAACUGCAAGUGAAAAAGAACUAGAGGUGUACUUACUUAUUAAAUCCUGUUGGGAUGAAGACCCUGACAAAAGACCAGAUUUCAGAAAGAUUGAAAGCACUUUGGGAAAGAUUGUCAGUCUGCACAACCAGGCCAAUGAGAGUUACAUGGGAAAUCUAAUUCGCCGGCUACAGAUGUAUUCCCGUAACCUAGAGCACCUGGUGGAAGAGCGCACAGCUCUGUACAAGGCAGAGAGAGAUAGAGCGGACAAUCUCAACUUCAUGCUUCUUCCAGGGCCAGUGGUACGCUCUCUGAAGGAGACUGGCAGUGUGGAGCCUGAGCUGUUUGAUGAGGUCACUAUCUACUUUAGUGAUAUUGUGGGUUUCACCACCCUUUGUCACUACAGCACACCCAUGGAGGUGGUGGACAUGCUCAAUGACAUUUACAAAAACUUUGACAGCAUCCUCGACCAUCAUGAUGUCUACAAGGUGGAGACAAUUGGUGAUGCGUACAUGGUGGUGUCGGGUCUCCCACGGCGAAAUGGAGACAGACAUGUUAUGGAUAUUUGCCAUAUGGCGCUGGACAUCCUUUCCUUCAUGGGCACUUUUGAGUUGCGCCACCUGCCUGGCUUGCCUGUAUGGAUCCGUAUAGGGGUGCACUCAGGCCCUUGUGCUGCAGGUGUUGUGGGGCUUAAGAUGCCCAGAUAUUGUCUGUUUGGAGACACAGUGAACACUGCUUCUCGCAUGGAGUCCACAGGAUUACCCUUGAAAAUCCAUGUAAGUCAGUCAACAAUCAACAUUAUUGAGCGGGCUAACUGCAAGUUUGAAUAUAUGAAGCGAGGAGAGACAUAUUUAAAGGGUAAAGGCAAGGAGACAACAUACUGGUUAACAGGGGUUACUGGACAAAACUACAACCUGCCUACACCCCCAACAGCUGAAAACUUCCAGCGUCUGCAGCAAGACCUGGCAGAGAUGAUAAAGAGUUGUCUGGAGCAGCGGUCUCCGAGUCUUGAGAAGAGGAAGACACUUUCAGCAGGUCAGAGGAAGCUCAGAGGUCACUCACAGCUGACUGACAGUGAGCAGCCUGAGUACUUCCACCUUGCUACUGUUGACAACCUUAGUACAUACCUGUAACCUGUAAAAUGUUUGUUCCAUGUUCAUUGCAGAAUAUUGUAAAUAAUCUAUAUUUAACUAUCAAUAACUAUUGAUUUUUUUUUUCAAAUGUAGUAUUUGGAUAAAUUUCUAUUCUUAGUUUAUAAGAAUGUGCAUUUUUACACUGGUAUGUGUGAACUUCUGUGAAAUUGAAUUUUAAAGCAUGUUUUACUAGCUGUUGUGUAUCUUUUAGCUGCAACCCAUUUUAAAGAGAGGUUUUUAUUAAAUUGUUCUUUACGAAUGCUCAUUACAAGUGCAUUAUACUAAGUUUUAAUCAAGCCACAUCACACCAUUGUCAUUGUAAGAAAUACAACUCAAAAGCUUGAAGCACUUUUUUUAAAAUAAAGAGCACGAUUAUUUGAAUUUUC